CUACGCAAAAGCACACACAAGUUCUUAAGUUUGUCAAUUUCUUCAACAAGUUCAGCUCUUUACCUCUGUAAAGGCGUAAAGCUCCCUCCUUUCUCCAAGUUUGAUCAAAGCAAGUGAGAAUGGCAAGACCUGGAAACAAGAUCAUACAAGCCAAAUUGGUGCUUCUAGGAGAUAUGGGAACUGGGAAAACAAGUUUGGUUUUAAGAUUUGUCAAAGGCCAGUUUUUCGAUCACCAGGAGCCAACAAUAGGAGCAGCCUUUUUCACUCAGAUACUCUCUUUAAGUGAAGCCACUGUGAAAUUUGACAUAUGGGAUACAGCAGGACAAGAACGAUACCAUACCUUGGCGCCUAUGUACUAUCGUGGUGCAGCAGCGGCUGUAGUUGUUUAUGACAUCUCAAGCACGGAUACAUUCACUCGUGCCAAAAAGUGGGUUCAAGAAUUGCAAAGGCAAGGGAACUUAAAUCUAGUGAUGGCAUUGGUUGCAAAUAAGUCUGACUUGGAGGAGAAAAGGGAGGUGGACAAUGAGGAAGGGGAGCAAUUUGCUCAGGAUAAUGGAAUGUUUUAUAUGGAAACUUCAGCCAAAAGCUCGCAGAAUAUUAAUGAGCUUUUCCAUGAAAUAGCAAAGAGAUUAGCAAGAGCUUGCCCAGCAAAGCCUAUUGGAAUGACUCUAAACAAUGAAACACGAGAUAGAAGAAGAAAAUCAUUUUGUUGCUUGGGUUGACUACCUGUUCUUACAUAAACUUGGGCAAGUGUUUCUAGAAGGGUUCCUUUUUGCCUCUUGGUGAUUCAGCCGGAGGUUGGUUUCUUCCACAUAUAACAUGGUCAUAUGGAGACGUCUCAACAAACUGCUCACAGGAAUCAAAGAUGUUAUAACUUAAAAUUGUUCAAAGUUAAAGAACAAAAUUUCCUAUUUGUAUAUGCGUGCUGAUAAUAUUAUGUCCUGCAAAUUGAUAAUUUGUAUAUUCUUACAAAUCUUACAGAAUAUCCAUGUUCGCUUACCAUCCGAGGUGACUGAUGUUUAAAAAAAGCAGAUGAAUCAGAAACCAGAAAUGGUACUUCGGUAAAGAGACCAACUUAUACCUGGAGCACAUAACUUAAUGUCUCUCGCUUUCUGUAGAGUUCUUCUCUGAAGGUAAUGCCACUGCUAAGCUCUUGAGUUACACGAGGUUCUUGCAGUAGAAACCUUGUAGUGCCAUAUAUAUUCGCGUCUUAUUGGGGCAUUCCUAGUGUCUUUUUAUUGAAUUAUUGACAUCCAAAGAAUUCUACCCAAUUGUAUUAACUUAUGCUUUAGCAUAUGAAAACCAAUGGUU